AUGGUCCUAGGCUUGUCCACCAUGCCCCUCUCCUCCGUGUUCACAGCCAGACAGCAGGUGGUGGAGGAGCAUGGUUUUGCUGUGCCUUCUUGGCUGAGCUGGGGCUUUGGGGGCCGAGAGGGCGCUUUAGGUGUUUUCUGCAUUGACUGGUGUCGCUUGAAUAUACUAAACCUGGCUUAUUCUGUGUAUUUUUCACGGUGUUUCAGCCUGCUGAGGAGACCAGAGCAGCUGGAUCAGGCUGUGGGCCAGCGGUCGGCAUCCCCCUCCCACAGCCCACGGGAGAUGAGGGGCCAGGGCCAGCCCGGACCACCGGCAGAGGGACCACGGAGGAUGCUGCAGGUGGAUGCCAGGAGCCAGGGCUCAGGGAGGUCUCCCUCAGUGUCGCCAGACCGGGGCAGCACCCCUACCUCUCCCUACUCGCUCCCACAGAUCGCGCCCCUCCCGAGCAGCACACUCUGCCCCAUAUGCAAGACGACAGAGCUCACCUCCUCCCCUGGCCAGCCGAACUUCAAUGCCUGCACCCAGUGUCACAGCAAAGUCUGCAACCAGUGUGGCUUCAACCCCAACCCGCACCUCACCCAGGUGAAGGAAUGGUUGUGCUUGAACUGCCAGAUGCAGCGGGCGCUGGGGAUGGACAUGACCACUGCUCCUCGCUCCAAAAGCCAGCAACAGCUGCACUCCCCUUCACCAUCUCCCUCCCACUCCCCAGCCAAGCACCUGCCAGCCCUGGGUGUGGAUAAGUCCCCACCAGCUGCCCACGCCCUGCCGCCCGAGCCGCCCAAACCUCACCCCACGACACCGCAGAGGGAACCGCAUGGCCAGGGCCAGCCAAAACCUCAGGAGGCAGCCAGGUCCUCCCCGCAGCAUCAGCAAGCCAAACCUUCCUCCUCUGAGCAGAGAAAGAUGACGGGAGAUGCAGGGGCAAAGCCAGCUGCCCCAGCCCCUGGGGCUGGAGCGCAAGAGCAGCCCCAAGAGGGGCUCACAGGGAAACUCUUUGGCUUCGGGGCAUCCCUCCUGACCCAGGCGAGUACGCUCAUGUCUGUCCAGCCAGAGGCUCCCCCUCCAAGCCAGCCAUCUCCUGGCAAAGUGCCUCCAAAAAUUGUAUUCAGCGAUGCCAGCAAAGAAGCUGGUCCCAAAGCCCCGGGGGCGCAGGGACGGGCUGGUGCUGCACCAGCCGCGAAGCCGGGCAAGCUGGAGCAGGGCAUCAAGCCAAAGGAAGUGCCGAAAGCAAGGGUUUCGUGCCCCCUCUGCAAGGCGGAGAUCAACGUGGGCUCCAGCGAGCCCCCCAACUACAACACCUGCACGACUUGCCGACAACAGGUCUGCAACAUGUGUGGCUUCAACCCCACGCCUCACCUGGUGGAGAAGAACGAAUGGCUGUGCUUGAACUGCCAAACUCAGCGGCUGCUCGAAGGCAGCCUCGGCGACCCUGCCCCGAUGCCGCUGCCUGCCCCAAAGCAACCACCCACAGGCUCCCCACGGCACCAGCCACCGGCCACUGGCCAGCAGCAGAGAGCGCCCAUGCCGGCACCCCCCGAGCCGGCCGCACCCCCUGAGCGACAGCCCUCGCCCACAAGGACCCUCUGGGCUGCUGAGCAGAGCAGGACCUCGAGCCCUGCCCCAGCUGAGAAGAAGCCCCCACUGCCAGCAGAGGAAAAGCUGCUGCCCAAAGCUGCUCCAGAGCCUUGCAGAGCUCCUGAGAGCACCAUGCCGAAGGGGAAGAGUGCGACCCCCAAACCGGAGGUGGAGAGCAAGCAGAGCCGGGUACCCCCCGAGGCGCUGCGGGCAAAGGAGCAGGAGGACGGGAGCAAGCCUUACCCCCCGGACCUGUCCCGCAGCCCCCAGAGCCUGAGCGACACUGGCUACUCUUCUGAUGGCAUCUCCAGCUCACAGAGCGAGAUCACUGGUCUGGUGCAGCAGGAGGAGGAGAAGCUGAGUGGCACCGGGCUGGCCGGGCAGAGCCCCCCCAGCCCCUCUGAGCUCACCAAGCUGGAGAGCAGCAUGCGGCCCCUCCUGGAAGGCCGGGGCACCCCACCGGAGCCCACUGAGCACGCCAAGGGCUGCCCGGAGCUGCGGGAGGAACAGCGGCAGCGGCCGCACUACCUCUCCAUCACCCCCGAAGCCUUUGACUCAGACGAGGAGCUGGAGGACAUCCUGGAGGAGGAUGAGGACUCACUGGAGUGGGAGAACCAGCGGGAGCGGCGGGAGAGUGCGGAGUCCUCAGAUGAGUUCGGCAGCAAGCUGCGGCACGACUACGUGGAGGACAGCAGCGAGGGGGGCUUCUCCCCAGUGCCCCCCCGGCCCAAGGGCCAGGAGGCAGAGGCGAGCGAUGAGGACUUCAUGCGGAGGCAGAUCCUGGAGAUGAGCGCGGAGGAGGACAACCUCGAGGAGGAGGAGGAGGAGGGCUACGGGUGUGUCAAGUAUAGUGUCCCCAAAGCCGGGCAGAAGGCCGAGGCAGAGAAGGGCAAAGAGCCAGCAGCGGCCAAGCGGCGCCUGCCACAUGGUCCCAGCAGCCUGUACAAGGAGGAGAGGAAGGAGCUGGAGGCAGUGGAGGGUGAUGACUUGAGCACAGCCCAGGGCGGGCUGCGGCGCUUCAAGACCAUUGAGCUGAACAGCACAACUGGCUAUGGUCAGGAGGUGGAGAUGGGCCAGGAGGCGGAUGCCAGCCUGGACCGGGAGCCUGAGCUGGAGAUGGAGAGCCUGACGGGCUCUCCCGAGGAGCGGUCUCGGGGCGAGUACUCCUCCACCCUGCCAGCCACAACGCCCAGCUACCCCUCGGGCACCUCGCCCACCUCCAUCUCCUCCCUGGAGGAGGACAGCGACAGUAGCCCCAGCCGCCGGCAGCGGCUGGAGGAGGUGAAGCAGCAGAGGAAGGCUCGGCACCGCUCGCACGGCCCCUUGCUGCCCACCAUCGAGGACUCGUCUGAGGAGGAGGAGCUGCGGGAGGAAGAGGAGCUGCUGCGAGAGCAGGAGAAGAUGCGAGAGGUGGAGCAGCAGCGCAUCCGGAGCACAGCGCGCAAAACCAAGCGUGACAAGGAAGAGCUGAGGGCCCAGCGGAGGAGAGAACGCUCCAAAACGCCCCCCAGCAACCUCUCCCCCAUCGAGGAUGCCUCCCCCACCGAGGAGCUGCGGCAGGCAGCAGAGAUGGAGGAGCUGCACCGGUCCUCCUGCUCUGAGUACUCACCCUCCAUCGACUCGGAGGCCGAGAGCUUCGAUGCCGUGGCCUCCAAGCUGUACAAGUCAGGCAGCGAAUACAACCUGCCCACAUUCAUGUCACUGUACUCCCCGACGGAGAAGGGGGAGAGCGGACCCAGCCAGCCUGCCAGUAAGCCCCUCAAGAGCGCUGAGGAAGCCUACGAGGAGAUGAUGAGGAAGGCGGAGAUGAUGCAGAAGCAGCAGGUCCAGCAGGCCCAGCCGGCCGUUUCCUAUGGCAGUGCCUACCAGCAGGUUGGCUAUCGUGGUACUGAGGGCCAGAAUGGCUUUGAAUAUCAGUAUGCUGAGGAGUACCAGUAUGAGGGUGGCCUCACGCGCCCCUCCCAGCCCGGCUACCUGAGUGCCCUGCCAAAGGCGGGAGCAGUGUACGAGGAGAUCCUGCAAACCUCGCAGAGCAUCUCCAGGAUGCACCAGUCUUCCUCCUUCGACCUGGCCUUCGAGCAGGGAGAGAAGGCAAAGGGGCAGGAGGAGGCGUACCAGGAUAAGCACUUCCUCAAUGCUGAGAGCGCUUACGCUGACCUGAUGAAGCAGAACGGUGGUCCACUCACCCCCGGCACCAGCCCCACGCAGCUCUCUGCUCCUGUCUCCUUUGCCACUUCCGACGGCAGCGCAGGAAAGGCCAUUCCCGAUGUCCGGGUCACCCAGCAUUUUGCAAAAGAGGUGCAAGACCUGGCCAAGCUCCAGAGCACCCCGGCAGCACCUGGCCCUGCGUCCAAGGCUGCCACCACUCCUUACACCUAUGGCAAAGGCAUCAGCACAGUGAUGGUGGCAGCAGGCGGCCCCGGGAGCACGCCACAGAGCUACGGCUCCUCAGCUCCAGAGGCCCCGUCGGUAGCUGGCAGAAGCUAUGGUCCGCUGAAGAGCACUGUCAGCUACGGCUCACAGACAGAGGACACCAGCAGAAGCAAGGCGGCAGUGGAGAUGAGUGUGCAGACGGCCAGGGAGAAGCCCCCAGCUGCGAGCGAUGGCAAGCCCCUGCCACCCAAGACGUACCCCUUCUUCAAGAGCUCCAGCCCUCCGCUCUCGCCCACCUCCCCCACACAGAGUCCCACCCAUGCUGCAAAGGCCACAGCAGAGUUUUCCACGCAGACGCAGAGCCCCCUCCUCCCCUACGAGGGUCCUGCUGCUGCCAGCCCUGCCACCACUUCCCCCAUGGUGGCACAGGGGACGCAGACACCACACCGGGCAGGCUCACCACGCCUGGCCCGGCAGCCCUCCUCGCAGGAAGUGCCGGAGCCAGAGCAGCCGCUGGGUGCCUGCAGCAGGGCACAGCCGGUGAAGGAUCACGCUCAGAAGGCACCUGCCGUGACUUCAGCCACCGACGGCAUCACCGGACUGUACGGCUGGGGAGCGCUCCCCACGGAAAACAUCUCCCUGUGCCGCAUCUCCUCCAUUCCUGGCACGUCCCGGGUGGAGCCAGGGCCCAAGGUGCCAAGCACUAAUGCCAUAGACUUACGGACCGCGCUGAAGUCUGCCCCCAUCAUUAUAACAGACCAAGGCAUGGAUCUCACCUCCUUGGCCACCGAGGCCAGGAAGUACUGCCUGACCUUGGACCACAUCCCAGGCCGACAGUCCACGGCCAUCCAGCCCUUGAUCAUCAACCUCAAUGCCCAGGAGCAGCCCCACGCCAUCAUCGCGGCAGCCAGCACCGCCAGCCUGGCCAUCGCCUCCCCCAUGCUCCUUUCACAGCCCAAGCAGCCUGUGGUCUAUGGAGACCCUUUCCAGAGCCGGGUGGACUUUGGGCAGGGGACCGGGAGCCCGGUGUGCUUGGCGCAGGUGAAACAGGUGGAACAGGGUGUCCAGACAGCCACCGUCAGAGCCAGCGGAGAGGCUGGUGGCAAGCCCGAGCCCACUGGUGGCCCCCAGACCAAGUUUGCGAGGUACAGCAUUCCAGGCCAGAUGGUGAAGAAGGAUGUGCUCAUCACACAGACCGGCGGGGCACAGACCAUCGUCAGCCUCCCACAGCCCUUCCCGCCAGAGCCAGGCUCGGAGCUGUACCGGGCGGUGCCGGUGGAGCUGAAGAGCCAGAGCACAUUCCUCGCCCUGGGAGGCAAGAAGUCCCAGGUGAUGAUGGUGCAGAUGGAGGAGGCAGCAGCCAGCCCAGUGACCAAAGUGCUGAAGGAGGAGCCACCGGCCAAAGUGCUGGACCUCACGGGCGUGAAGCCAGAGAGCCAGGUGGCCUGCUGCGACGUGGUCUACAAGUUCCCCUUCAGUGGCAGCUGCACCGGUGCUUUCAACCCCACCUCCAAGAUGUCAGAGAAGAAAUCUGGAGAGGCAGCGGCACCUGGCCGGAAAGCCAGUGGGCCCCUCUAUGGCAGCAGAGAGCCAGAGCUACCGGAGACCUUCCCCUACCGGGAGCAGCCAGCCCCAGCGCCUGCGCUCUAUGAGGAGCAGAAGUUUUACCCUGCCGGUGCCUUUGGCCGCCUCUACUCCUCCAUGUCGGACACAAACCUCUCUGAAAUCGGGAUGAGCUACUACCCCACAAAGGGGGAUCAGCCGUUUCCCUCCCCAGCGGGUGAUGCUGCUGUGGACCUCAGCACCAUGAAGCACUCCUACAGCGUCGGCUUUGCCGAGGGGGGCUACCUGGGCCAGGGGCUGCAGUAUGGCUCUUUCUCCGACCUCCGCCAGCCGGCGGAGCUUCUGGGCCACCCACUCCCCAUGCGGAGGUACAGCUCAGCCUCCAACAUCUACUCUGACUACCGCUUCUCACCCCGGGGGGACCUGGCCAGCUUCCAGGAGUCCAGCCUGGCUCACUAUAGUGCCACCACAGCGCGUGAGAUCAGCCGCAUGUGCGCUGCCCUCAACUCCAUGGACCAGUAUGGGGGCCGGCAUGCCAACGGCCCCGACCUGCUGCCCUACGGCCCUGGGGCCGGGCCAGGGGGUGCAGGGGGGCUGGCAGCUCAGCAGCAGGGCCCCGCACCCCCCAAGACUGCCAUCCACAUCACCACCCAUGACCCCCGGGUAGAGAUCAUCAAGUACAUCUCGGCCCCGGAGAAAACACAGCGAGGCGAGAGCCUGGCCUGCCAGACGGAGCCGGAGCCGGCCCCCCAGCCUGGCAUCGUGGUCCCCCAGCUGACAGUGCCCACCACCAUCCCACCUUACUCCACCAACAUCCAGAUGGUGAGCACGGGCCCCCUGGACCCCCACGCUGUCCGGCAGCAGACCCUGGGCAAGUUCGAGAAGAAGAAGCCAGAUCCCCUGGAAAUCGGCUACCAGUCCCAUCUGCCAGCUGAGUCCCUCUCCCAGCUGGUGACCCGUCAGCCACCCCGUUCUCCACAGGUCCUCUAUUCACCCGUCUCUCCCCUCUCCCCCCACCGCCUCCUGGAGUCCUCCUUCGCCACCAGCGAGCGGCUGAACAAGGCUCACGUCCCCCCACAGAAGCACUUCACCGCCGACUCGGCCCAGCGCCAGCAGACGCUGCCGCGCCCCAUCAAGACCAUGCAGCGCUCCCUCUCCGACCCCAAGCCCAUCAGCCCCACGGCCGAGGAGGCCAGCAAGGAUAGGUUCUCCCUCUACCAGCACCCACUGCUCCCCGGUACCCAGGUGGGGGGGCUGCAGUCGAGCACCCUGGCGCGCAAGGUGAAGCGGACGCUGCCCAGCCCACCGCCUGAGGAGCCCCAUAUCCCCCUGGCCAGCUCCGCCACCCCCCAGCUCUACCUGAGCAGCCUGGCCCCCAAGGCCACCGCACCGGUCACCAAGGCCAGCCUGCUGAAGGAGCUGGACCGCGACCUGAAGCUGGUGGAGCAUGAGGCCACCAAGCUGCGGAAGAAGCAGGCAGAGCUGGACGAGGAGGAGAAGGAGAUUGACGCCAAGCUGAAGUACCUGGAGCUGGGCAUCACCCAGCGCAAGGAGUCACUGCUGAAGGAGCGGGGUGGCGGGCAGGACCACCCCUACCUGCGCUGCCCCGGGGACCCAGAGAUGGCCGGUGGGCACCAGAAGCCACGACAGACCUUGCUGGCCGACUUGGAGCAGAAGAUCCCCACCAACUAUGAGGUCAUCGGCACAGCCACCAGCUCCUCUGCUGUCCCCGAUGUAACCUUCAGUGCCGCGAUGGCGAGUAGUGGCUAUGAGCAGUACAAGGUGCCCGAGGCCCGGCCAGCUGAGAGAGCCAGCACGGUGCAGGGCCCCUCAGCCAGCUUCUCCUCCGAGUCCCUCUACACCAGCCUGGAGCAGAACAUCCCCCGUAACUACGUGAUGAUUGAGGACAUUAGCGAGCUCACGAAGGAGAGCCCAGUGGUGGAGGGGCAGAAAGCGGAGCAGGCAGGCACGGGCGCCGACAGCCCCCACAGCAGAGAGAAGAGUGAGCUGGGGGAUGCCGAAGGCUCUGGCCGGCCCUGCUGCUACACUAGAGCCGAGGAGGAGUCUGAGGAGGACGUCUACGACCACCAUGGCCCCGACCAUCGAGGGAAGAACGGCUACCACCGGGGCGCGGAGAGCAACGGCAGGGUGUCAGGGAGCUCCGCCAGCUCAUCCUACUACUACGGGGACAGCGAGUACCGGCACCCCUCACGGACAGACAAGCACAGCUCCAGUGCGGCACUGCCAAAGCAUUCGUCCAAGAACCUGGCGCCCGCCGUCGUCUCCUCGAAGCGCAGCAAGCACAGGAAGCAGGGCAUGGAGCAGAAGAUCUCCAAGUUCUCCCCCAUCGAAGAAGCAAAAGAUGUGGAGUCAGACCUAGCCUCCUAUGCAGCGACGACCUCAGUUGGCAGCAGCAAUGUGGCCUCCAGGGCCAAGAAGCUGCAGGAGGAGAUCACCUAUGGCCUGAAGAAGAACGUCUAUGAGCAGCAGAAGUACUAUGGCAUCUCCAGCCGGGAUCUGGUGGAUGAGGAGGAGCGGGUCUACUCUUCUGGCAGCAGAACUCGCUCCUCUGUCUAUGGGGUGGAAAAGUCCUCCAGCCGGGAGGCGGGUGGCCGGAGCAAGUCCUAUGAGCGGGAGGGUGUGGAGCGCCCCCAGAAAGGCGGCUCCAAGCCCUCGUCCCUUGGCAUGAGCCAGAGCCGCGGGCGGGCACCCAUCCGCAUGCAGCCCUCAGAGGAGGAGAGCCCCGUCAGCCCCCUGGGGAAGGCAGUGGGGGGGUCGCGCGCCACAGGGGGGCCUGGCCCCCAGUCAGUGGGGGACCCCUGCUCCCAGUUCUGCUCCAGCCACUCGUUGCCUGAUGUGCAAGAGCACAUCAAAGAUGUGCCAAGGAGUCACUCGUACAAGCACGAGGAGGGCUACAGCAUGGACGAUGCCCAUUGCGUUGUCUCAGACAGUGAAGCCUAUCAUUUGGGUCAGGAGGAGACAGACUGGUUUGAUAAGCCCAGGGAUGCGCGGGCGGAGAGGGUCAGGCACUACGGUGGCCACUCUUCCUCGCAGAAGAGACCCCCAGUUAAGCACACCUACCAUGACUACGACGAGCCCCCAGAUGAGGACCCGUGGCAGCACGACGACUACCCCCAGCACCGCGAGCACCGGCACCACCUGAAAGCAGAGCAGACAGACGCAUCUAAACCCACAGCAAAAGUGCCACAGCACCCAGGGAGAGCGCCUGCGGCACAGCCCCUGGGAGCAGCAGCAGACAGCAAGGCUGGUCCGAGGGCAGCUGGGCCGCGUGGUCCCACCGGCAUAGCCACAGGGCAGCCCGGAGCAGAAGGAGAGAGCGUUUUCUCCAAAAUCCUGCCAGGAGGGGCAGCGGAACAAGCAGGCAAACUGACUGAAGCGGUGUCGGCUUUUGGCAAGAAGUUCACUUCGUUCUGGUGAGAGAACGGCACAAGGAGUUUGGGAAGCGAGCGGAGAUCGAGUCGUUGCAGUGGAAAAACCUAUGAAGAAGCCAGUGAAUUCAGCAUGCG